CAUUCGUCAAAAUCGCUCACAUUCCCUCAGGCACGAGUUUUUCUACCUUUUGAGGGCGCCUAACGAGGGGGCCAUUCGCUCCUCCCCCAAACACCCCACAGUUCACACAAGGAAGCUCGAACACGCCUCGUUUGUUGAUCGUCACACUUUGGUCUACAUCCACUGCAUCUGAUCAGCGGACCUUGCGAAAUAUAUGCAAACUGAUGCGAUUGCCAAAGUUGGACUAAUGUCUGAUCGACCGCCACGACCGAUUGCCCUCGCGUAGAAGGGAGCUUGGUUGAGGUCGGCGACCAUGGCAGGCCAAAACCGACCACUCCCGGAGUUGGUGCGCGACUGGAGGCUUCAAGCCACCAUUCAACAAAAUGGUAAUGUCACUACCCAUACCCGCCCGCCCUCGACUCGUGAAACCUGGACGCGUGAGAAGAGAUUGGGCCGCGGGGGUUAUGGCGACGUCUGGCUGGAGCGGAAGGUGAAGCUGAAAGGCGCGCGGGGAUCUCACACGGCCGACCUUCGCGCCGUCAAGUGCCUUGAGAUAUCCAAUCGCGCGUCGCAUUCCGACGCUGAGCACUUCUAUGUGCGCGAGAUUGAAGCAUUGGCCAAGUUCUCGCAGGCCAACAUGGAGUAUAAUGAGUACUUUGUUAAAUUCUUCGGCUGGUACAAGGCGCCCGGUUCCCUAUACAUCGCCAUGGAAUACUGCGAGCAUGGCGACCUGAGGAUGUACCUUGCCGAUCACAAAACCUUGCCAGAAGACCAAGUACAGGUUGUUGUCCGCCAGGUUCUCGGCGCCCUUUCCUCCAUGCACAAAGAGGGAUUUGCUCAUCGAGACCUCAAACCCGCGAAUAUUCUCAUCAAAACUCAUCCACCCGAGCAUGAAUGGUGGACGAAAGUGUGCGAUCUCGGGCUCAGCAAACGAGCCGAGGGUGUCGCGGGGGGGCUCACCACAACGAUGAGAGGCACCGAAAAUUUCAUGGCCCCAGAAACAAAAGGCUUUCCCUUCACCGGAGAUCCCAGGACUGCGGAUCCAUUUCGUGCCGAUAUCUGGUCCCUUGGCGAGACUGUUUUCCGUGCCCUGACGGGCCACGGGACGUUUCAGGACCCAGUGGCCUUCUUGGAUUACCAACAAGGAAAACAUAACUUCCCGUUAAAUCCGCUAAGAGAGGCCAAAGCAAGUCCUUUGGCGCAGUCUUUUGUUGUCACACUCAUGUCACCCUUACCGAAAACCAGACCAGAGGCACCAGAUGCCUUACGCCACCCAUGGAUAAAACAGGGAGACGAGCCUUCACUUGUUCUUCCGGACACAGAAACGGUUUACCAAAGUCAACUGGAACCCGGAGAUUCAUCAUUAUAUGCAGAGAAUGAUCUCACCAAGCCAUCAGGCCAAUGGACCACCACCAUGCCUCAUCGGGGGGCCAUCCCAUCCAAUGCCUCCCAUAUUCCCAACGAAGUGGAGAUUACGUUGCCGUCUGGAUCUUGGAGCACAACCUCAGCCCUGCAACAGCAGAGACAACCACCCAGCCCAGCGUCCGGCACAAUUCCUGUCCUUGAUGCAAACUACCAGGUGUCCGAGGAGCAUUCCAGGGCGUCGGCGUUUCCGCUUGAGUUUACGACUCUCAAUGCCUUUGACUCACUCUGGAGGACGAAUUUCUCGGCCGCAGUAAGGGGCUUCCCGGACAAGUUCCUUCACGAGCAUCAAGAUAUGUUUAUUGAGCGUUUCAAACAUGAGCAAAAACAAAAGGAGAUCCAGCACCACUACCAACUUCAGCACCAACUUCCUAUUCAUCUACAAUCACAUUCACAAGGACCCCCACUUGCUAGCACUGACCGUUACUUAUCUUCCUUUGGCCCCUCCACUUACUAUUCCGCCACCCGAGGCUUGCCAAGUCAACUCGGGCGGGGUUCCGCCUUGAACCCUUCUGGCCUCCCAGCUCAAAUGGCACCUCGUGAACGACCACAACCUCAGUACCCUCCUAUUUCCUCAUACUAUGGCCCGUCUCCAAUACCCACCGAUUAUCCACUAUACCCUGGCUCCAUGUACGGGUACGGGCAAGGAGCGUAUUUGCAAUACCAAUCCCUAGCUGACCAACAAAGACUACCCGCCCCGGCGAUGGCGGCCCCCAUGAUGGUGCACAGUGGUAGCACGCAGGGCUAUGGCUACAAUACUUUUGGAUAUCCAAUGCCAAGACAGCAGGCCCCGAUGAUGAUGUUUCGCGGCAGCAGUCAGGGCUCCAACUCGGUCUACCAGCCAACGCCGCCGUUGCCUUCGCAGGCCGCAACUGCAGUAGGCGCAGCAGGAGUAACUGCGAUGCCUACACCACCCUCCAAUAGUUCAGCUGCAGUUCCUAAAUUUGGAGAUUUAGUGUGGGAGAGCGAAUAUUUAUCGCGACCACCUAGCCUGGGAUCAAAGCCUGAUGGCACCGAUGACGUGAAAUCCAAGCUCGCUCCUAGUCCUGCUAUACGCAGGAGCCCUAGCCCGAUUAUACUAGCAGAGCCCCCACAACCUAAGCCGAAAGUUCCAGAUGACGAGCAGCUGGACCCGUUGGCCGAUCUCUGGGUAUUCGGGCUCGACCCUUCUGUUACCGAGGCCGUGCUCUUUGAGCUAUUCUGUGACAUCGGUCAGCUGCGCUCGAUCCGCGUUGAUCGCGACCAGAUCACGGGCCGCUCGCUUGGAUCUGCCACCGUCAGGUACAAAAACGCGUCAGACGCUGCGAAAGCCGAGAAGAAGCUGAACGGCACCACGAUCAAGGGCCGUCCAUUUAAUAUAACUUAUGGGGCCCUCUUUGCCCCUGCCCUCUUUGACCAUGUUGAGAUGACGGAACCUAUCAUCCAGAGAGAUGUUUCGGUCUCUGGUGGGAGCACGUCGUCGCCAACGGAGCAACUCAAGGAGGAAAAGGAAAUGUUGCAGGGAGUGAGGAAAUGGAGGCGGACACGUCAGCUAAGAUGGGGACAAGUCAGAUCUCCGCUGCAGUGAAUGCCAGUCUAAAUACGAAAUAUGUGGCGCUGUUGAGCGUGGCGGUUGAUGGUGGCGCAACAUGUCCGGGAAAAAUUGGAACCACCAACGCUUUACAGAGUACGGGUUCCAUACUUUACUUAGCGCAAGCCCCCAAAGCUUUUCCCUGUUGGCAAUCUAAUGUUUGUGCAGUGCACAAUUGUCUCUGCACUCUGUCUGCCAGCUCAAUUGAUAGCGACAUUCGUCAAAGAGGCUCAAUAAUGGCGACAAAGGCUUCCAGAUCCACUUCCAAGUUCCCGUUGAGGACAAAGACAAAGUCUGGGACACAGACAAAGUCUUACGAUUUUCCAACUGCAAAGUGGGUCGGCCCCUGCAAGCACUGACAUUUUGUGGCGGUUGCCGUGUCAGCCUGGACCGUGGGUUCACCAGGUGGCGCAGGCGGCG